AUGGCUUUCUAUAAGAAAUACUUCCCUGAGUCUGCAAGGGAAGCAAAGGAGAUGGAGCUAAUGCAGCUGAAGCAAGGUUCCAUGUCUAUGGCAGAAUACACCAACAAGUUCGAAGACCCUUGUAGGUUUUCUCAGGUGUGUCAGGGUGACCCGGAGACCUUCGAGAGAUGGAGGUGUAUUAAGUACGCGAGGAGUUUGAAGGAUAGCAUUAUGACUACUGUGGCUCCUAUGGAGAUCCGUGUCUUCUUCGACUUGGUGAACAAAGCAAUGGUAGUGGAGGAGUAUGCCAAGACCAUGGCAGCAUCCAAGGACACUCAUAGAGGGAGCUCUAGUCAUAGGCGUGGCAAGGAUUGCACUCGUGAGAGGAACCAGAAUGCGGGCCAGAGUCAGCAUCAAGGUCGAGUCUUUGCUGUGAAUGCCAAGGAUACUUCCAAGGCGAAUCCGUUGAUGAGAGGUAUAUGUCUAAUUGGUGAUAAGUUCUUAGAUGCAUUAUAUAAUACUGGAGCUUCGCAUUCGUUUAUUUCAUUUGCUAAAGUUGAGGAAUUAGGCUUGAAAGUGUCAGAGUUACCUUUUGAUCUUCAUGUGCAUACUCCGCAUCAAAUAGUUAUGACUAGGUCAGGUUGUAGACAAGUAGGUUUCAAGCUUGAGUGUAGAGACUUUGUACACGAUUUGAAAUGUUUACCAAUGGUGGGAUUGGAGAUGAUUUUGGGAUUUGAUUGGUUGUCGAAGAAUCGGGUUUUGUUGGAUUGCUUUGAACGGACUAUUUGGUUUAUGCCGGAAGGAGAGAAUGGGGCAGUGGUAGCUACGGGGUACUACCUAAACUCUGUAAUAGUGCACUGUAGUGAAGAGGAGUGUCAGGGUUAUAUUCUGUUGGCUGCUAAUACAUUGGGUGAUGGCCAGAACUUAGAUCAGAUUCCGGUGGUUAGAGAUUUUCCAGAAGUGUUCCCAAAAGAUAUCCCUGAGUUCUCACCUCAAAGGGAAAUUGAGUUUGCAAUUGAAUUGGUUCCGGGAGCCGGACCAGUAUCGAUUGCGCUGUAG